CCCAUUCCGCUCAGCUGGGAAAAGGAACGCUCCUUCUUGGAACGCUCGAUUCGUUUUUGCAAUCAACUUUUGCUGCUGGGGCGAAUCCAAUCACGUGAAAAACUUUGGGAAACAAUGUCAAUAAUCGUCUUCACCGCCUUAUCCGCUCUUCUUAUCUGAUCCUCCUCAAUCGCCGCAGCACACAAUCAGUCGUGGAGACUGAAAAAAGGAUUUUGCAUGAUCCUUUCACGCAGAUAGACCUUUAACCAUGGCUCUGCAAAUGAUCCAGUCUAUCAAGGACAGAAUCAUGCCGAAUGGCACCUUGUUCGACCCGAAAUUGUACGACGAGACUGGCUACUACGUUGGACUUGGUCUCGCCAUCAGUUCCAGCAUUUUCAUCGGCUCCAGUUUCAUUAUAAAAAAGAAGGCGUUGAUUCGAUUGAGCAGAACCGGAGGAACUCGAGCAGGCCACGGAGGAUUCGGCUACUUGCGAGAAUGGAUUUGGUGGGCGGGAUUCCUGUCCAUGGGAAUCGGAGAGGCGGCCAACUUUGCUGCCUACGCUUUUGCGCCAGCUUCAAUGGUCACUCCUCUGGGUGCUCUCAGUGUCCUGGUUGCUGCCAUUCUCUCUUCUAAAUACCUCAACGAAAGAUUAAAUCUGCUUGGAAAACUUGGCUGUUUCUUGUGCAUCAUUGGCUCGACCGUGAUUGUGAUUCAUUCCCCGAAAGAGGAGGAAGUGGAGAGUUUGGAGGUGCUUCUUGAAAAGCUCCAAGAUGCAUCUUUUAUUUUCUACGUGGUGGUUAUCGUCAUGUUGUCCCUCUUCCUGGCCUUUGGCCUGGCGCCGCAGUUCGGCCACACCAACGUGGUCAUCUACAUCGCCAUCUGCUCGGCCAUCGGGUCUCUCUCGGUGAUGGGCUGCAAGGGUCUGGGCCUGGCCCUCAAGGAAACCCUGUCCGGAAGAAGCAACGAAACUGGCAACUGGCUCACGUGGAUGCUGCUCUUCACCGUCGUCUGCUGCAUUGUGGUUCAGAUGAACUACCUCAACAAAGCGCUCGACGUCUUCAACACGUCCAUCGUCACCCCCGUCUACUACGUCUUCUUCACCACCCUCGUCAUCGUGGCGUCCACAAUCCUUUUUAAGGAAUGGCAACACUUGGGUGCGGAAGACAUCCUGGGCAACAUCUGCGGCUUCCUCACAGUGAUUGUGGCGAUUUUCCUGCUGCACGCGUUCCGAGACGUCGACAUCACGAUGAACGACGUCCGAGGCAUUCUGCGGCCCAAGGCCAUGUCCGGAGGCGGCUACCGAGCGAAUCCCGCCGCCAAGUACAACCCAGUGCCUGUGGACGAGGAGGGUCUGAUGAGCCAGGACGAGCAGGUCGUCUACAGCAGCACGGGGUCCACACACGUCAGAUGACGCGCCUCCCUCGGGCCCUCGUUGCCUCCCUGCAUAGGCUAGCAGCAAACCGAGACCCCGCCCGCACCAGUAUUUUGACCAAAAUUAAACACAGACGUGCAUCGGUGAUUUUUUUACUGAAGCCAAGUGAAUGUCUUUCAAUUUGGCCUCUCUCGAACUGACUUAAGAUGAAAUUGGUUUAAUUGCUUGAUUUCUAAGGGUAGCUAAAAAAAUAUUUGAUUAAAUUAAGCUUUUUUUCAGAGACUUAUUGUUUUAAAUUGGAAGAUUAAAAAAGCGUCGAGUAUUGAAGUUGUAUAAAUUUCUUUAUUGAUUGUAAAAUAGCUUUGCUGAAAUAAAAAGCUAUCACAU